UACUCUUUAUCAACUAUGAUUACCAUCUUGCAAAAUGCUUAUCCCAUAAGUGCAAAAUUCCAGAAAGCCAAACCGUUUACUCUCCACUGCUCGUUACUUAUACUCGUUCUUCUCUACGCAUUCUUCGGCGGUCUCGUCUUCAAUAAACUUGAAGCUGAAGCUCUUGUGAGACAAGAGAAUGACGAAUACGAAAAAAGAAGAAAUUGUGUCCUUCAGAUAUUGACUCAUUCUGAAAAGGAUGCAAACGUGACAGCAACUAGCGUGAUGGAAUGCUGGAAGAAAGAGGCUGAUGAGCGAACGGAAUGGAGUUAUGUAACGUCGACUCUGUAUGGUUUUGGUAUUGUGACCACUCUUGGAUACAAUCGCAUUGCACCCAUAACACAUGCAGGUCGCAUGUUCUGCAUAGUUUACGGUAUUUGUGGUAUUCCAAUUACAAUGAUCAUCAUCGCCAAUGUUGGGCAAUAUUUGAAUCAGUUUGCGAAAAACUCACGUAUCAAGGUUGAGCAGUACAGAGAUCGAAGAAGACGCUCAAAGGCUAAAGGAGAUGACUCGGAAUCAUCGAUUGAGUUAACCUCUCUGGCAUUACUUAUUGCAUUCCUCCUCUACGUUAGCUUUGGCGCUCUUCUACUUCCUCUUCUUAACGGACAGAUUGAUUUCUUCAAUGGGCUUUACUUCAACUUUUUGUGCUUAACCGCGAUUGACUUUGGUCAGUUAGUGCCUCAAAGGUUGUUCACUUAG